CGAUAAAUGUGAGCUUGAGAGCGGCAGUUGAAGCUGUGGUGUUAAAGUUGCUGGACGUUUUAAUUUUAAAAUUGUUGUGAUUUCAAAGAAAUUAUGAAGGCUGUUGUGGUUUUGUGUCUUUUGGUUCUAGCGAUUGAAGCAGCUCCAAAAGCCCCACCAAAAGCAAAUCAAUGCGCAAAGGCCUGUACAGAUGACUAUACACCAGUUUGUGGCUACGACAAGGAGCCCAAGGAUGGAAAAUCAUUCGGAAACAAAUGCGUUCUUGAAUCUUACGUCUGUGAACACGGUGGAAAAAAGUUUGCUGGAAUGGCUAACGGAGAGUGUCCUGGAUCGAAGGGAGUCAGGUUGUCAUAAGGAAUGGACGAAGUUUGGCUGUUUUGACUGAAAUUCAGUACUUAAAUGGAUCAUAAUAAAGGCAAAAAUUGAAAUUGA